UUAUGUCCAAAAUCCAUGCUUGAAAUCAACGAAUUCAUUAAUUGGAAGUGUUGAUUGUAAAGGCGGCUUCAGUCGACUUGGUCAAUUUACUCUCCUUCGUCUCUCCUUCCCUUUUCCCUUUUCCUCUCGAUAAAAUCCCCUGAUUUUUAUGUUUAUGGUGGUUGAAUUUUGAGAACCCGAGAAGCUAAAGGAGAUGGAAAUGGUAGCGCCACUCCCCGCUGUGGAUUUCAACUUCGAUAGCGCCUGUUCAUCUCCAUACAUGACUGCUCCUUCAAGUCCUCAACGCUUCGGCAAUUUCCUCUUCAGUGCUCCAUCCAGUCCCACUCAUGUUUCUUCUUUGUAUCCUUUUCAAUGGGAGGAAAAGCGUCAGAGCAACCAUGAUGAUGAUGAUGAUGGCGGCCAUGGGUGUGAAGAGGAUUUCGAGUUCAACUUCAGUGGGCAUUUAGAAAUACCUUCUUUGUCUGCAGCCGAUGAGCUCUUCGAUGGCGGAAAGAUUCGACCUUUGAAACCCCCGCCUGGUUAUGAUGAAUCUUUCUCAAGUGCCGUUUCUUCUCCAAAAUCAAAGCGACAACAUGGUCAAAACGACAUACAGUUUGGAUCACAACAACGCGGGAGAGAAAGAACCUCUGCUGCUGCAUCUUCUUCAUCUUCAACGUCUUCAGCCUGCAACUAUGUUCAUAAGAAAAGCAGAUCAUUGUCUCCGUUAAGGGUAUCCGACAUCAUGUUCGAGCAAGAAGAGACAUCAUCAAAUUCCCAGAAAAACAAUGAAUCUUCCACGGCAAACAAUCCAAAAUCUUCUUAUGUUUCCUCCCUGCUGUCAUCCAUUUCGUUCUCAAAAGUCAACAAAAAAUGGAAGUUGAAAGACCUAUUACUGUUCCGGAGUGCAUCAGAAGGGAGGGCCGCGAGUAAAGAUCCCCUUAGGAAAUAUGCUCUUUUGUCAAGGAAAGAGGCGGAGGAGGAGGUUAAAAACGCCAGCUUCCGCUCCACUGAUAGCAUGGGUUCGGUGUCGAGUUCGAGGCGGAGAGGACGGGUUUCGGCUCACGAGUUGCAUUACACGGCGAACCGGGCCGUGUCGGAGGAGAUGAAGAGGAAGACCUUUUUACCUUACAAGCAAGGCCUCCUUGGAUGCUUGGGUUUCAAUCCAGGAAUGCAUGAGAUUUCCAGGGGCAUUGGGUCAUUGACACGUGGAUCAUCUUGAUCCACUCAUCUAAUGCCUCUUUUCUUGAAAAUACACAUUCCCCAAAUUUCAUUCUUUUUAUGUUUACAUAUUUUCAUGUAUCACUUUGUUUAUAUAAAAGAAAUGGAGUAAGAAAUUCAUAAA